AAACCAACUAACCGAAAAAAACAAAAAAAAAAAAAACUCUUUCUCUCCUCUCCAUUUCUCUCUCUAGGAGAGACUACCGGAACCGCACGUCGACGGGAAGAGUCUCGCCGGAACUAUUAUAAUUACCGCCGGUCGCAUAGAUUAUUCGUUGGAAACAACGCGUCGUGAGAGGAGAGGAAAUUCGAAAAAAAAGAAAAAAAAUUAGAAACACCGAUUCACUUUUUUUUUUGAUUAUUUUAAUUGAUCUGUGUGAAUUAAAUAUUCUGCGAUGGAUGUGAUUGGAUAGAAGGAAACAAAAAGGAAAGGAGGAAGAUAAAAGAGAAGGCGAAUUAUUCUCUCUCUCUCUCUCUCUUUCUUCUGUGUCGAACAUCGCUUAUAUUUUUUGAAGGUGUUUCUACUCCGCUUUAAAAGGAGAGAGGUUUAAGAUGAUUUUUCUCGUAUUGAACUUCUUCUCAGAGGGAAGUGAUAUGGUCCGUUGAAAAAGACUAAAAAGCUACAAAAGAGAUUUUGUUUUAUUAUUCCAAAUUUUGCUGUCAUCUGCAUGAUGCCGUCUGAUAUAAUGGAACAGAGAGGUGUAUCAACACCUUCCCACUUUCGUGAAGAUACUCGUAUUAGUUCAGAGAGGCAAUUUGGGUUUCUGAAAACAGACCUGAUGCCUGAAAACCAAGGUGGUCGUGAAAGAUUUUCAAAUCUGCCAAAGAGUUCCUGGACACCUGAAAGUCACCAGCUGAAGCCAGAAUCUAGCUUGUCUGAGGUGCACCCCUCUGUUAGCCCUAGCGCAAGAAACACCACAAAUGGUAGCCAGUGGGAAAGUAGUUUAUUUUCCAGCUCACUGUCUGAUACAUUUAGUAGAAAACUACGGUUACAGAGAAGUAAUAUGCUAUCUCCUAUGUCUGCGAACACAGUUGUUACCCACCGUGAGGAAGAACCCUCUGAAUCUUUAGAAGAAAUUGAGGCGCAAACUAUUGGAAAUCUUCUGCCAGAUGAGGAUGACCUCUUUGCAGAAGUGAUGGGUGACGUUGGGCGUAAAUCUCGUGCCAAUGGAGAUGAUCUAGAUGAUUUUGACCUUUUCAGCAGUGUUGGUGGCAUGGAGCUAGAUGGAGAUGUUUUUCCUCCUAUGGGCCCCAGAAACGGAGAGAGAGGCCGCAAUAAUUCUGUUGGCGAACAUCAUCGAGUGGAAAUUCCAUCCAGAACAAUUUUGGCCGGAAAUAUCAGUAGCAAUGUCGAAGACUAUGAGCUGAAGGUCCUUUUUGAGCAAUUUGGAGACAUCCAGGCUCUUCAUACAGCUUGCAAUAAUCGUGGUUUUAUCAUGGUAUCCUACUAUGAUAUAAGGGCUGCUCAAAAUGCGGCGAGAGCGCUCCACAAUAAGCUGUUAAGAGGAACGAAACUUGAUAUUCGUUAUUCUAUCCCCAAGGAAAUUCCUUCAGGAAAAGACGCCAGUAAAGGAGCCCUGUUGAUUACUAAUAUUGAUUCGUCUAUUUCAAAUGAAGAACUCAAUCGAAUGGUCAAAUCGUAUGGAGAAAUCAAAGAGAUUCGUAGAACCAUGCACGAUAACCCACAGAUAUACUUAGAAUUCUUUGACAUCCGAGUGGCAGAGGCUGCUCUUGGUGGCCUGAAUGGACUCGAGGUUGCUGGGAAGCAGCUUAAACUUGCGUUAACCUAUCCAGAGAGUCAAAGGUACAUGUCACAGUUUGUUGCACAUGAUGCUGAAGGGUUUCUACCUAAAAUGUCUUUUACUAAUACAUCAUCUGGGCACAUGGGGAGACAUUUCCCAGGAAUAAUUCCUUCAACCUCCAUUGAUGGUGGACCUAUGGGGAUUAGUCAUAGUUCUGUUGGAUCACCUGUGAACUCCUUCAUUGAACGUCAUAGGAGUCUCAGCAUUCCUAUUGGAUUUCCACCUUUGGCAAACGUCAUCUCAGCCAGCAAGCCCGGAAUUCAGGAGCAUGUCCACCCUCUCGACAAUUCAAAUAUGGGGAUCCAAAGCAUGCCAAACCUUCAUCCUCAUUCUUUUUCAGAGUACCUCGACAACUUUACAAAUGGUAGUCCAUAUAAGUCCUCGACAGCAUUUUCUGAAGUCGUUAGUGAUGGCUCGAAAGCAAAUGAUGCCUUUAUGAUACAUAAUGUUCGUGGAGUGGAUGGCUUUAACGGAGGGGGCAUAGGGUCUCCCAUGAACCAAAACUCCCGCCGCCCUAACCUUAAUUUAUGGAGCAAUUCUAAUACUCAGCAACAAAAUCCUUCAGGUGGCAUGAUGUGGCCUAGCUCGCCGUCUCACCUCAACAGCAUUACUAGUCAGCGCCCACCUGUUACCGUAUUCUCUAGAGCACCUCCUGUUAUGGUGAAUAUGGCAUCUUCCCCUGUGCACCACCACAUUGGAUCUGCGCCGGUAUUAAACUCGCCUUUCUGGGAUAGAAGACAAGCCUAUGUAGCUGAAUCUCUAGAAUCGCCUGGCUUCCACAUAGGUUCUCAUGGUAGCAUGGGGUUUCCUGGCUCUUCACCCUCACAUCCAAUGGAAAUUGGUUCUCAUAAGUCCUUUUCCCAUGUUGCUGGGAAUCGCAUGGAUAUAAAUUCCCAAAAUGCUGUACUGCGAUCUCCCCAACAGUUGUCUCAUCUCUUCCCCGGGAGGAACCCAAUGGUUUCAAUGGCGGGUUCGUUUGACUCGCCUAAUGAACGAUACAGGAAUCUCUCACACCGUAGAAGCGAGUCUAGCUCUAGUCAUGCUGACAAGAAACUGUUUGAGCUUGAUGUUGACCGUAUAUUACGUGGGGAUGAUGUCAGGACAACACUGAUGCUUAAAAACAUUCCAAAUAAGUAUACUUCUAAGAUGCUUCUCUCCGCCAUUGACGAGCAUUGUAAAGGAACGUAUGAUUUCCUUUAUUUGCCAAUUGACUUCAAGAACAAAUGCAAUGUGGGAUACGCUUUCAUCAACCUUAUUGAACCUGAAAAGAUUGUACCAUUUUAUAAGGCUUUUAAUGGAAAAAAGUGGGAAAAGUUUAACAGCGAGAAGGUGGCAACUCUGACAUAUGCUCGAAUCCAAGGAAAAGUAGCACUUAUUGCCCAUUUCCAGAACUCAAGCUUAAUGAACGAAGACAAACGUUGCCGGCCUAUUCUUUUCCACACCGAUGGUCCAAAUGCUGGUGAUCAGGAACCAUUUCCAAUGGGAACCAACAUACGAUCAAGACCAGGAAAGCCACGAAGCAGUAGCAUUGAUAACCACAACGGCUUUAGCAUCGCUUCCGUUUCAGAAAACAGAGAAGAACCUCCUAAUGGAACCGAUCCUUUCUUGAAGGAGAACUAACCAAUGAGCAAAAAAACCAAGCAGAGAGGUAAAAGAAAGUUAAGGAAAAAUGAAGAGCUAAAGAUAUAACAAAAGUUUUAUAUUAUUAUAAUCAUAUCAUCAGCACACCCUAGAGUUCUGUAAAUCGGGGGUGUUAAAUUUACCCUGACAAAACUGUUUUUGCGGUGAAGAUAUAUUUUUGGAGAGAUCAUUAAACUUUGUUGACCUCAAACCUUCACAGGUUGCUUCACCAGUUUUUGUUGUAUUAUCAAUAUCCCCUGAGAAAUCUUCAAGAGUUUCUCUUUACUUUUUUUUUGUUUUUGUUUGGGGUUAUUCAAGGAUUUUUGUCUUCUUGCUAUCAAUGUAGUAUGUAACAAGCCUUGGAUUACAUUCAACUUCUUUGCUGGCUGUUUGUGGCCAUUUCAUGUUGCAACUUUUUUGGAGAUUUUAAUGAAUGCUUCCUUUUUGGAUAUAAUAUAAAUUUUCAUAA